UUUCAGCAUCCCACCUCGGAACGGAGAUGCUGACCACAAACAGCGCUGUCAGGACCAGCCUGUGGAUUAUUUUCCUCUGCAGCUCAGGUGUCUGUGCCAGGAGACAGCGCGCCGAUGCUGAUGAGUCCUGGUCGGAGAGCGUUUCCAGGGCCAGGUGUGCGUCGCGAUGCCUCAGCUUGCACAGUGUAGCGGCGCUCUCGAUUCUGCAGUCUCGUCUUCAGAAUAACGGAUCCUUGGGCUGGUGUCAUAAUCAUAAACAGUGUGCAAAGUGCCUGGAGCCCUGCAGAGACUCCUGGGAGAUGAAGGAGAAAGGCAUCUGCAGAGAGUUAUGUGAGCGGGUGUUUCCCAGAAAGCACUGGGAGUGUGUGACCAGCUGUGAGUUCCUGCACUCUGUGCUGAUGGUGAAGCAGGGCAGCUGUCCACCUCCACAGAGAGCCAGUGGUUUUGCUGCUGCCUGUGUGGAAAGCUGUGACCACGACAAAGAAUGCUCUGCUCAGAAGAAAUGCUGCUCUAACAGCUGUGGCCACACCUGCCAGACUCCCAGUGACAUCUACAAGGGUGCUCCUCUGAAGCCAAGGAAGGAGCUAGCCUUUGAAGAAGUGUCUUCUGGCCAGCUGGAGGUGCACUGGUCAUCGCGCUUCAACAUCUCGGCCGAGCCUGUCGUCUACGUUCUGCAGAGGAGAUGGAACUUUGGCAUCCAGCCGAGCGAGGACACGGCCACGUCGUGGCAGGUGGCUGCACAGACGACGGAGCAGAGAGCGAGGCUGUCAGACAUUCGGCCCGGUCGCUGGUACCAGUUUAGAGUGGCAGCCGUUAACCUUCACGGGACCAGAGGUUUCACCACGCCCAGCAGACACUUCCACUCAAACACAGAUCCCUCCAAUCCUCCUGCUCCCACUGAGCUGAGAGUAGCAAAUAUGAGCUUUGGUCCUGGGAGCACAGUGGGAGCCAGGAUUGAGUGGAGCAUGCCUCCUGACCUGGAUGUUCCCAUCCACCACUACAAGGUCAGUUGGAGCUGGACUGCAGUUGGACAUUCUUCCGCCUCAUCCCUGACCAAGAGGAGGAAGACGGUCAGAAAGAGCCAGGUGGAGCUGGACGGCAUGAGGACCAACAGGAGCUACAGUGUGGAGGUUCAGGCUGUGUCUUACUGGGGACAAACUCAGUUCAAAGGACCGCGCGCUGUCCUCCACUUCACCACGCAGCAAAGCACGAGUGCUCCCAGAAGCCCUGCAGGUGACGUCCUGGAUGUGGGGACACCGUUCUACCAGGACGGACAGCUCAGGGUUCAUGUUUACUGGCAGAGAAGCGUGGAUCCUUUGGUUGAAUUCUACAGAAUCCAGUGGGGACCUGAAUACUGCGGACACAACCAGACCAGCCCUGUGGAGGAGACCAGUACAAAGGAGAGCUUUAUCAGCCUGCAGGGCUUACUCUUCUCCUGUAAGUACAAAGUCCUUCUGCAGCCAGUCAGCAAGACGAGUCAUCCUCUGGCAGAAAGCACCAGCUUUCAUACGCCUCCCUGCACCACCAUCCAGGCCAAGAGUCCAACACCUGUCAACUGUCCCAGAGAAACCGCUAUGAAUCUUCAGAAAGUCCUGGUGAAACCAACCAACCUGAUCGCAUCUUUUGAGGUCCUGGGGGGCAAUGUGACAGCUAUCUUUAGCUGGGAUAUAUCUAUGACUUCAUCCCACCAGCAGCUAACUGGUUACCAGGUUACCUGGGCAGAAGUCAUCUCAACUAACCGCAACUACAAUGUCAAGCUGCCUCGCACCCUGAUCUCCCAGUCCCAGAUCCUACCGCCGGAUCAAGGCUGAGGAAGCAUCCUGAGCAGCCAAUCACUGACAGACACUGAGACCAGAAGGCCUCAUGACCCGAGCUCCCAAAACAAUAAAGAAGAAGCCACAGAGCAGCGGUGCUAACUGACAAAUGGCAGCUUGUCAGUUACAACAAGACAACAAGUGACAGCUGACAGACAUGUGAAUCCCUCCCUGCAGUUUUACCGAACUUGACCCUCAAGUAAGCAUGUAUACAACAUAUUUCAGUAAAAGUACGGACACAACUUUCACCAACAGGAAGAUAAACAAAAAGCUCUCUUUGUGUUUUCAGUUCUUUUUACUUCUGUUUGCUACAGUUAUAUGUAAAAAAUAAAUACAAAAGCAUGAAAUGGAUUUAGUCGACAACGACAUCAGAGAUGAAAAAGAUAUAUUAACAUCACGAACGAGCACUGAUAGUAAACUGGAUCCUAAAAACUGGAUCUUAAGGAUUCAAGUUCAGGAUUAGUUUACUGAUAUGUACUAAGGUCUGAUCAACAGUUUUGAUACAAUUGCAUGUAAUGAUAGAAAUUAAUGUCAGUGUCACUGAGUGGUGCCAUUAAGAGCUCUUGCAACUUAUUUUCUAAAAAGAUUUGUUGUUUUAUAAAUGACAUGUAGCUCCUCCCACUCUCUCUUCAAAUGCUGUAUAUACUUUGUGUCUCUAUUUAUUGGUUGUGGUAUAUUUGUGCCUGGACUGUUACAUCUGCGUUGCAUGUGUGUGCGCACAUUUGUUCACCUCUCUGUGCAAAGAUGGUUUUAACUACAGAUACGUGUCAAAUACAGCGCGCUGCACCCAUGUACAGGUUUCUUGUUUCCUGUACUCCUGGUUCAGUAUUUAGCCAUGAGAAGUGUAACCAAGACUUAUUCAUGUGGACAGAAACUAAACCAAGACGGUUGUACUCCAGAUGUGGUUCUAUUGUUCUUGAAGUGUAAAACGUCUCAUUGCCAGUAUGAGCUGCUGUAUGUUAACAAACCUCGAAUAGAGUUUAUUUCCAUGAUGAAGUUGUGCUACAGAUGGCUGCAUACAGACACUGAGUCUGUUUGGAUAAGAGCAUGUUUCCUUUACGUUUACCACAGUGAACAGAGCCGCAGAGACAAAGACUGAACACAGGAGGUUGGUUUAAGUUUAAGGCUGAAGAAUAUUUAUCAUAGUUCAGACCAUAAACAAUAAAAAAGAUGCAACUCGUCACCAUCAUGUCACCCUUUGGAGAACCUGGUACACAUGUAUGUAUUUGCUGUUGUGUUAAUCCAUCCAUUUUCUUCCGCUUAUCCGGGGCCGGGUCACGGGGCAGCAGCCCAAGCAGCAAAGCCCAGA